AUGGGGGGCGGAGGACAGCAGACGGAGUCAAGCGAGCCGGCCAAGGGUGACAGGGGUGGGCCCGGUGGAGGGGGAGGAGGGCGAGGUGGCAGUGCAGUCUACACCUGGGAAGAGGUCCAGAGGCACUGCCACAGAGGCGACCAGUGGUUGGUCAUCGACAGGAAGGUCUAUAAUAUUUCCCAGUGGGCGAAGAGACACCCGGGGGGCAUCCGGGUCAUCAGUCACUUUGCCGGAGAAGAUGCCACGGAAGCAUUUUCCGCAUUCCAUCCUGAUCCUCAUUUUGUCAGGAAGUUUCUGAAGCCGUUGCUGAUUGGAGAGCUGGCAACGACAGAGCCCAGCCAGGACCAUGGGAAAAAUGCAGCACUAGUGCAGGACUUCCAGGCCUUGCGUGACCGUGUGGAGAGUGAGGGCCUCCUCCGUGCCCGCCCCCUGUUCUUCAGCCUCUACCUGGGCCACAUCCUGCUACUAGAGGCCCUGGCUUUGGGCCUGCUCUGGGUCUGGGGGACCAGCUGGAGCGUCACACUGCUCUGUUCCCUCAUGCUGGCCACGUCUCAGGCCCAGGCUAGCUGGCUGCAGCAUGACUUCGGCCACCUGUCAGUCUUCAAGAAAUCCAGCUGGAAUCACGUACUGCAGAAGUUUGUCAUUGGACACCUAAAGGGUGCCUCUGCUAACUGGUGGAACCAUCGUCACUUCCAGCACCACGCUAAACCCAACGUGUUUAGUAAAGAUCCUGAUGUCAACUCACUGCAUGUCUUCGUCCUGGGAGACAAACAGCCUGUAGAGUAUGGUGUAAAGAAGUUGAAGUACAUGCCCUACCAUCACCAACACCAGUACUUCUUCCUCAUUGGACCUCCACUACUUAUUCCAGUGUAUUUCCACAUCCAGAUAUUGCGGACCAUGUUUUUACGACAGGACUGGGUGGAUCUGGCGUGGUCGAUGAGUUUCUACCUUCGUUUCUUCUGCUGUUACUAUCCCUUCUUUGGUUUCUUUGGCUCAGUAGCAUUGAUCAGCUUCGUCAGGUUUUUGGAAAGCCACUGGUUUGUGUGGGUGACCCAGAUGAAUCACCUUCCUAUGGAGAUGGAUCACGAGAGACACCAGGACUGGCUCACCAUGCAGUUGAGUGCUACUUGCAACAUUGAACAGUCAACCUUCAACGACUGGUUCAGUGGACACCUCAACUUUCAGAUUGAACACCAUCUGUUUCCCACCAUGCCUCGUCAUAACUACCACCUGGUGGCUCCUCUGGUUCGUACUCUGUGUGAGAAACAUGGAGUUCCCUAUCAGGUCAAGACUUUGCAGAAAGGCAUCACUGAUGUUUUCAGGUCACUGAAGAAGUCAGGGGAUCUGUGGUUGGAUGCAUAUCUUCAUAAAUAAAUCCCUUCCUGACUC